AGCAAAUAUUGGCACUAAUUGAGAUAUGCGCCAGCUUCGGGCAGUGGACUCCGGACUCCGCCUUUCGCCGUUGACAAGGUUAUCACUCUUGUCUCCAUUGUUCGGGGAGCGUCUGCGUCUCAUUUAUUGCUUAUAUUCCUCUUAUAUACAGUCCCUACAAUCUUUACCUCUCCAUCCCUCCUUCAACCCUCAAUCAAUCAAACCCAGAAAGAAAGAAAAAAAACCCACCACCACCACACGCAAAAACCAAACUUCAAACCUCACCCACAAUGCCUCACAACAUCCCCCCCCCCUCCCCCCUCCUCCUCACCCUCACCCCCCUCACCCAAUCCACCUUCCACCCCUACGGCUCCGUCCUCUCCAACCCCAACCCGAACGUCACCCCCUCCUCCUCCUCCCCCCCCCCUCCCGGCGCCAUAUCCGCAAACCAAGGCUCCGCCCUCAAAUACCCCGACAUAACCCCCCUCACCGACCUCUACGCCUCCGCCCCCAGCGGCCGCCCCUCACGCGCCACAAUCAGCAUGUUCGUCUGCGCUCCCCGAGCCCUCUCCCCCCCAACCAGCACCAGCGGCGGUCUCCCCACCUUCCCCGUUGAGAUCCUCGAACGUCACCCCUUCACCACCCAGACCUUCGUCCCACUAGGUCUCUCCGCCUCCUCCGCCGACGUCCGCUACCUCGUCAUCGUCGCGCCCAACCUCGCCCCCUCCGCGGGCGGACUGGCGGCCGCUGACCCCGCGGCCCGGUUACCGGGGAAGAACUUACCGGAUCUGGGGAAGAUGCAGGCGUUUAUAGCGAGGGGGGAUCAGGGGGUUACGUAUGCACCGGGGACGUGGCAUGCGCCGAUGGUGGUGGUGGGGGAGAAGGUGGGGUUUGUGGUUGCGCAGUUUGUGAAUGCGGUGGGGGAGGAGGAUUGUCAGGAGGUUGUGUGGAAUAGGGAGGGCGAUGGGGGGGAGGCGGUGAUUAGGGUCGCGGUGCCGGGGGUGGGGGGGAGUAGGUUGUAA